AUGAGCAGUGACCUGGACGUGUUCGUGGGGAACACGACGCUGAUCGAUGAGGAAGUGUACCGGCUGUGGCUGGACGGGCACUCGGUGGCCGAGGCGGUGGCACGCCGCCUGCGCGGGGGUGUCCUGGAGCGCGAGGGGACAUCGGUGGCCGUGCUGCAGAGCGACACCCGCGACCACUACAGAACGUUCCAGAUGCUGGAGCGGCUCCUGCACGCGCCCCCGCGCCUGCUGCAGCAGCUGCUCUUCCAAAUCCCGCCCGACAGACAGGCGCUGCUCGUCCAGCGUUACUACGCCUUCGACGAGGCCCUGGCCCGGGAGCUGCUGGGGAAGAAACUCUCCAAGGGCACCAAGAAGGAGCUGGACGAGGUCAGCGCCCGCACCGGGGUCGGGAUCCGCAGCUGCCGCCGCCAGUUUGACAACUUCAAGAGGGUUUUCAAGGCGGUGGAGGAGCUGCGGGGGCCCCUGGCCGAGAACAUCCAGCAGCUCUUCCUGCUGCCCCCUCCCCUCGCCCGGGACUACGCCGCCAUCGUGUUCUUUGCCAACAGCCGCUUCGAGACGGGCAAGCGGCGCCUGCAGUUCCUGAGCUUCGCCGACUUCGCCGCCUGCGCCCAGAGCAUGAUGGGGCACUGGAGCCAGGGGGCCCUGGCUCCCGAGGCGGCCGAUCCGGACGGGGACCUGCCCAAGUCGUUCCUGCAGGACCUGAAGGAGCUCAAGGUGCUGGUGACCGACAAGGACCUGCUGGACCAGCACAAGAGCCUGGUGUGCUCGGCCCUGCGAGGGAAGAUCUCGGUCUACAACGAGCUCGAGGCCAAUUUCAAGGCGCUGUCCCGGGCGCUGGUGAACGUGGGGGGGAAGCUGACGCACGCCCGCGACGUUCGGGAUUUCUUCGUGGACCUGGUGGAGAAGGUGAUCGAGCCCUGCCGCUCCGACAAGUGGAGCCCGGGGGACCUGCGGCUCUUCCUGACGCACUACACGGCAGCGCCGCGGAGCCUGCCGGGCUUCAGGCACCAGGCGCUGUGGGAGCGCUACAUGGCCGCCAUCACCGCCUGCCUGCUGCGCAUGUACCACGACUGACCCCAAACGGCACCCCAAAAACGGGACCCCAAAAACGGGACCCCAAAAACGGGACCCCAAAAACGGGACCCCAA